GUCGAUCUCGAUUCAAUGUCGAGACGAUUUUAUAACGAUAGGUAAAUAAAAGGGCAAACGUUUGUUGAGCGUAAAAGGAGUUGCAAACUAAAUAAAUAAAUAAUUUAAAUGUAGAGUCUACGUCAGAAUCAUACUUAGUUUGUAAAUCUAGUGAUUUAAACCUAUCUAGGUCUUAUCAAAAUGGACGCAGACUUGAAAGUAAGGAAGCAAGUAUCUUUCGCUCAGCUAAAGGCGCUACUAGAGUUCCUUGGGGAGCACCAAGAGCUGGCCAGGGGGCUGACCAGGGGCCGCCGCGGCAAGCUGCACACCUUCAAACUGUGGAACCAGUGCGCCAAGAAGCUGAAUUUGGUCAAAGACGGCGCUGUGAAGGAUGGAAAGGCUUGGUCUAAGUACUGGUGCGAUUGGAAGUACAGAGUGAGGAGGCGGGCUCUAGAGCUGAAAGCCGCGAAGACCAGCAACAGGCCGCCGCCUGAUGGGGUCACCCCUCUGUCCGGCAUGGAGGAGAAUAUCCUUAGCAUCAUCGGCGAGGGCGCCGUGGACAAUAUCGUGAUCAAGAGCGACCCGCUAGGCGAUGAGGAUACAGUUGACGAAGAAUUAGAUAACAAUGAAGAGACAUUAUUAGACCAAUGUUACGAAGCAGACACGGUGCCAGUAAAAAAACCAAGGACUAGAAAGCGGAGGCACUCUACACGGGAAUUUUCCGAGCUGGAAGACCUGGGUGGGACCAGCAGCCCCCGCGACAAGCCAGGCGUUGCUGCUGCAGAAUCCGAUUCAGACGAUGACGACGCCGCGGUGUUCUUGCGACUGGAAAAGGAAAAAAUCGAGAACGCGAGAAAAUUGCACGAGACCGUUCUCACGCUCACCUCGGAGAUAACGAGGCUCACAGACAUCAUGGGCCACAUCAGGGACGUCAUUGUUAACAACAGAAUUAAUAUUUAAAAUAUUUUUAAA